AUGGUGGUCGCCAAGUGCAGCCUGUCGGUUUCAGGUAACGCAUCGCCUUUGAAACCCGCUCCGUGGCGUUUUGCUAACUAUGCGAUCCAUCUCGCAGGUGAUGUCGCCGAGUCUCUAGCUGCUGCGAUCACCCAGACAUCCCGCGACGAGGGACGGCCGAACAAACGUCGCAAGCUGUCGAAUGGCCACGAGUCUGUUACCCCGGAUCCCACAGUUUCCUCUACAAGAACUCCUGCUGGCUAUGUUGCUCUGGGCCGACUUCUUCUGAACUUCAGUUUCACGGAACCAAUCGCGGACUUAGGGUUAUCCUUUGAUUCUUCGGAGGCGCCUCCUCUGCGACUUCCCGUCCUCGUGAAGACCUUCCGGAAUAUCGACCUUUCCGAAGAUGCCUACCAGCUGGAAUUGGUGACCGUACCAGCGCGAGACACCGUCUUUGACCACACAAUCGCCCAUCCUGAUCUAGUUGUCUUUGGUUCGCAUUUGUCGCUUGCGAGGAGCCUUGCGUCUGUCGACAACUAUCGCGGAAGUCCUCCUGUCGCCUGCUACCAGUCCACGCUAUGCUGGCUCCCAGACGAAAGGUCAUUUCAGUUGGUGACGGAUAUUUUGUGGAAGGACUCGCUGAUCGUUCCGAACCGGCUGACCCGAGAGGCGCGACUUGUGCUUUCGAAGUAUACGCCUCAUUACGAAACAGAUGAUCUGCCAAAGGCAGAGCACAACGAGUCGCGCAGAUCGUCACAGAAAUCAUGGUCGCCUCGCGAUUUCUACGAUAACGUUUACGUUCCACCGGACACGCCGGAUGCAUCUGCUGAGAUAAACUGUGAUCUGGUGCGGUGCAAACUUUACCCGUUCCAGAACAGGGCUGUCCGAUGGCUUCUUGAGAAGGAGGGAGUGCAGUUACAAUCGAACGGGAAGGUGACUCCAAGAGAACCGCAAAUUCAUCGCGAGGAGUUGCCAGAUUAUUUCCGAGAGUUCACGGACGCGGAUGGCCGUCGUUGCUUUGUGAGCCACCUUUUCAAAGUUGUGGCCACAGACCUGUCGGGGUGGAACGACUCAGGAAGACACCUUAAGGGAGGCAUUUUAGCCGAAGAGAUGGGUCUUGGUAAAACGGUUGAAAUGAUCACUUUGAUGUGUCUUCACCGGCGCGUACUGCCUAUAAACGGCGCAACUGCCAGCGUCAACGGCGAUGGCCUUGUGAAAUCUCGUGCUACUUUGAUUAUCACGCCACCGGCUAUCCUCGAGCAAUGGAAGCAGGAGAUCCAGAACCACGCUCCAACGCUCUCUGUGUUCCACUACACCGGCCUCCAGCGGCAUCAGAAGUUGUCAGAUGAGGAGCUUGUUCGGCUGGUGGCGGAAAAUGAUGUUGUUCUCACCACAUACAAUGUCCUGGCAAAAGAGGUGCACCACUCUGGCGAUGCUCCUCAACGCAAUCUGCGUAACGAGAAGAGAUUCGAGCCGAGAAAGACCCCACUUGUCCGGAUAUCCUGGUGGCGUGUUUGUCUCGACGAGGCUCAGAUGAUCGAAAGCGGAGUCAGCAACGCAGCUAGGGUCGCUCGUCUCAUUCCCCGUGUGAACGCCUGGGCUGUCACAGGAACUCCCAUUCGGAAGGAUAUCAAAGAUCUCUUUGGUUUGCUGUUGUUCCUUCAUUACGAGCCAUUUUGCAGCUUUCAGGACGUCUGGAUGAGACUUUACGAGAAUUUCCGACCCGCGUUCAAGUCUAUUAUUAAUAGAAUAGCUCUUCGGCACAGCAAAGACCGCAUACGAAGCGAAUUGCGUUUGCCUCCUCAGAAACGAGUUAUUAUUACAAUACCCUUCACAGCAGUCGAAGAGCAGCAUUACAGCCAUCUGUUUGAACAGAUGUGCGAAGAGUGUGGCCUUGAUUCUUCCGGUGCUCCUCUCCGUGAUGACUGGGACCCAGACGCUCCAUCUACCGUCGAGAAGAUGCGGAACUGGUUAACAAGGCUCCGCCAGACCUGUCUGCAUCCCGAAGUUGCGGGAAGCAAUCGUCGCGCAUUGGGUACCGGGAACGGCCCGCUGCGUUCUGUCGCCGAGGUGCUUGAGGUCAUGAUCGAUCAGAACGAGACAUUGAUCCGGGCCGAGGAACGCGCCCUUCUUCUGUCGCAGAUUCGACGAGGUCAACUGCUGGAAAAUGCUGCUCGUCGACGCGAGGCCCUUGAUCUCUGGCAGAAAGCGUUAGACCGGUCUACCGAAAUCGUUGAAGACUGUCGAGAGCAACUCCGGGUUGUGCGUGAAAAAGUCAGAUGUGCUCAUGGUGCAUCAGAAACGGAUGGCGACACUCCGAGCGACAAAGAGGAUAAUGAGGAAACUGAUAAGAACGCUCGGGUGGGAACGUGUCGGCAAAGACUCAGGGCGGCAUUGGAGGUCCAGCACAUUUGCAAAUUCUUUACUGCAAAUGCAUAUUACCAGAUCAAGACGGACACCAACCUAACCGCUCCUGACUCGGAGGAAUAUAAGGCACUCGAAAAGGCUGAAGAGGAAGCCUAUGAGGCUGCAAAGCAGAUCCGAAAAGAAAUGUUGGCGGAGAUCACGCGAAAAGUCGGGAAAUACAUGAAAAUCAUCGACGAGAAAUUCAAACAGAACUCCUUUGUUCGAAUUCCAAAGAUGAAACCAAAAUUCCCCAACUUCGGUCUCGAAGGACGAAGAUUACUCGAGAAAUUCGAAAACUAUUGUGAUGCAAUGAAUCAGCAUGCUGAGCAAUAUAACGAAUGGCGUGAUGCCAUGGUCAAGUUACUCCUCCAGUCUCUUAUUGAUCAAGAAGAAAGCGCGGAACUAGAGGGCAACGAAUAUGAGACUUCAACGAAGCACCAAGAUGAGAUGUACGUUUACAUGGAGGCGCUUCGUACCAUGUUUGCGGAUCGCCAUGACGCCCUGACGGGCCAGCAAAAUCAUCUCAUUGAUCACGAAGUCAAGAUGGGUCUCAACCAGGCACAGAAGGGCGAGGGCCCUUCACCUCAACUCUAUCUCUCGAUUAUGAAGACUCGCAACAAAAUCAAGCCCAGGGCUGAGCUUGGUACCCUCCGAGGGAUUAUCAGCGAGCUACGUAGCCUUGCCACGUCGCUUGAAUGGCAAGAAAGCGGAGGAAGCGCUCGUGCUCGAGCCGAGCUUUUCAUUGUGAAUGAUGUACUUGCUCACGCCAGCCAGAUGGCUAGUGAACAAAAUAAGGCGAUUUCCAGCUUGGAGAAAGAAGUUGAGCUGUUUCGUGAUACAAUGAACCACCGGCUUGAGUAUUACCGUCAACUGCAACAGAUCUCCGAUACCGUUGCACCUUAUGAUGAGGAGAGUGUGGGCAAGCCACUCGAUGAGGCCCUGUUUGCGGCAAAGUUACGGAACGAGGCUGCCAUAGAUGAGAAAUUGUCUGGCCUAAGAUCCAAGCAACGUUAUUUGAUUCAUCUGAGGGAUGAGUCGGGUCCAGAUGACAGCACGAGGAUCUGUGUCAUCUGCCAGAGCACCUUCGAAAUCGGUGUCUUAACCGUCUGCGGUCAUAAAUACUGCAAAGACUGCUUGCGCAUGUGGUGGCAUCAGCAUCGAACGUGUCCGACGUGCAAGAAGCGUCUAAAAGCCAAUGACUUCCAUCAGAUCACGUACAAGCCGCAGGAACUCCUCGUGCAAGAAGAAAAGAGUCCCACGAAACUUGAGUCUGACCGUCCUUCCAAGAACUCUAUUUACUCCGACAUUAAUUCUGGGGUACUGAAAGAGAUCAAGAACAUCGAUCUCGAUAGUUCCUUUGGCACGAAGAUAGACACGCUGGCACGCCACAUUAUGUGGUUGCGAGAGCAUGACCCGGGAGCCAAGUCAAUUGUAUUUUCUCAGUAUAAAAAUUUCCUGGGGGUGCUAGCCACUGCGUUCACGCGAUUCAAAAUUGGAUUCAGCAGCGUUGAUACAAAGGAUGGCAUUGAACGGUUCAAGCACGACCCUGCGGUUGAAUGUUUCCUUCUUCAUGCCAAAGCGCAUUCUUCCGGCCUCAAUCUUGUCAACGCGACUCACGUGUUUCUCUGCGAGCCAUUAAUCAACACUGCAAUCGAACUGCAGGCCAUUGCCCGUGUCCACCGUAUUGGGCAACAUCGACCAACCACGGUCUGGAUGUACCUGGUCUCGGAUACGGUAGAGGAGUCCAUCUACGAGAUCUCUGUCUCACGCCGCCUCGCCCACAUUGUGCAGAAGGAGAAGGAGAAGGAGAAGGAAGCACACUCUCCAUCUCCAGGGCUCCAUAAUGGGACGACGGUUGAAAACCUUACGGAGACAGCUAUUGACUCUGCGAACUCGUUGGAGAUGCAGGACGCGACGCUGGGAAAGCUGUUGGCAGGUGGCUCCACUGGGGGUGAGCUGGUGAGCAAAGAUGAUCUUUGGGAGUGUCUCUUUGGAGGCGCGCAGAGAAGAAAGAAAUCAUCUCCCGUAUCGGCUGAUGCCGAACGUGAAGUUGGGCGAUUCUUGAGGGCGGAGGCGGCUGAGGAGAGAAGAAGAGAAGCUCGCUGUGAUAACUCGGUUGCUGGAUGA